GUUGUUUACUCAGAACGAAUGGACUCCAUACUGUUCAACAGAUUCAUUGAAAAGAUUCGAUUCAAAAGAACGCAUUGAAAAGCAGUACUCUUCAUUCACGAACCCCAGCCGGAAAUUCGUAACCUUUCAAGUUCACCGCGACCGCACUAGCCACUUUUCGUUUAAAAAUAUGGGAAAGCGCGUUGCUGUUGUGUUGGCAGGGUGCGGUGUGUUCGAUGGAAGUGAAGUCCACGAGGCGUCUGCGGCUUUGGUUCAUUUGAGCCGUCAGCAAGCUACUGUCAAGAUAUUUGCACCCAACACUGAUCAGAUGCAUGUUGUCGAUCACUUGAAAGGCUCUCCAACAAAGGAAAAUAGAAAUGUGCUCGUGGAGAGUGCUAGAAUUGCCCGGGGUGAUAUCCAAGACCUCUCGCAGCUCGAUGUAAAGGAUCUGGAUGCCAUCAUCUUCCCUGGUGGCUUUGGAGCAGCCAAGAACCUGUGUAGCUGGGCUGUCCAGGGCAAAGACUGCUUGGUCAAUGAGCAGGUUAAAACAGUGCUGCUGGCCUUCCAUGCCGAGAAGAAGCCCAUUGGCUUGUGCUGCAUCUCACCUGUGCUGGCAGCGAAGGUUUUCCCUGGCUGUGAAGUUACUGUUGGCCAUGACAAAGAUGAUAGGUAUCCAGAUGUUCCAGACACUGCGGAAGCUAUUUCUCAGCUUGGCUGCAAGCACAUCUGUAAGCACGUGAACGAGGCUCAUGUUGAUGAGAAAAAUAAGAUCGUCACCACCUCUGCUUUUAUGUGCAAAGCUCCACUACAUGAAAUAUUUGAUGGAAUUGGAGUGAUGGUACAGGAGGUGCUGAAACUUGCCUGAAUUCUUGCAAAAUGAUUGGAUUGACAUCGUCGUUCUAAUGUUUUUUAAUGAAUCCAUGGACAAGUGUCUGAAUAAACAUAAGCAUAUAAUUAAAACAUAUAACAUAAAAGUU